UGGGGAGAAGCGCAACUGAAGGCAAAAGGCGGACCGGAGGAAGCGAUAGAGAGAGAGAGAGAAAGAAGGAGAAAAUAAAAGAGGAGAAGUUUGCCCGGACACAUCACCUCAUCGGAUCCUCAGACCUCACAGGUAAGACUCACGGCCCUGUGUCUGCGGUCUGCGGGUCAGAAACAGACACGGAGAACUGGCUGAACUCUGUCGGACAGGAAUAGGGGGUGUGCCGGUGAUUUCUGUUCCCGGAGUCCCGGGACACCUUAUGGCUAGGGAGUCCAGCAACAAAAAAGUGUUUAAUUUAACUUAACCGAUAUAAACGAGUGUUUAAUUUAACUUAUUCGUGAAAAAAAAGAGUUUUUAUUUUAACUGUACCGAAAAGAACUUGUGUUCAAUUCAACUUCACCGAAAAAAACGAGCGUUGAAUCCAACUUUACUACCGAUAAAAACGAGUGUUUGAAUGAACUUGACCGGUAAAAAUUAGAUUAUAAUCCAUCUUUACUGAUAAAAACAACUUUUUAAUUCAACUUUACCGAGAAAAACGAGCAGGCCAUUUGAUUCAACUUUACUGUUGAAAACGAGUGAAUACUUCAAAUUCACAGAGAAAAACGAGUCUUAAUCCAACUCUACCAAGAAAUACGAGUUUAAUCAAACUUUGAAUUCUUUUGACCGAUUAAAACGGGUUUUAAUUGAACUUUUGGGCUCUAAUUUGACUACAUUUUCAGAUUUUUUUUAGAUUUAAUUUUAGUUGUCUAGCAAUUUUGGGAGUGUUUUGUGUUUAAUGGGACUUGACUGCUUUAUAAACAAGAACAUGUAGCACUUUGUAGGUUAUAAUAAGUGCAAUUGAGCAUCUUAAAAACUUUAAAACUUUUAAAGUUAGUGAAAAAUCUUAAAUAUGAGCUCAUUACUGUUAAAAACUAAAUUAAUUUCCCCGCUGAAACCCCUUUUAAAGUUAACAAAGCAGAUUUUUCGUGUUUUAUUCACUUUAAUUCUUCAAAAUGCUGAAAAAUAUGUUAUUUUUCUCUUUUAAAUGACAAAAUAAACUUUUAUUAGAAAAACUGAAAAUACUGAAUCUCAAUAAAAACUGAGCAUUCAGUCAAAAACUCAAAUGUUUGUUAUAGAAACACAGACAGACCUGUUUACUGUCUGCUCUGUAAAGGUGUGUUUUGUUUUGUUUUGGUUUUGUUUUGACAGCUGAUAUAAUCCUCAUAAUCCAAUCUUCACACUCAUAUUUCUCUCUUCUGAUUGGAUAACAACCUCAGACACUCUUGCUGCUGCUGAUUGGCUGUAAUUGAUAAAGUUAAAUAUUAAUUGAAUUGAGGGUUUAAAGAGUAGACUUUAGGAGGCUUAUUAACCUCCUGUUGAGUGACUGUUAUCUUCUUCUAACAGCCCAUAACAUUUCUGUGUGUUUGUAGAAUGAUGCUGCAGCACUCAGGUCCCUCGCUGGCUGACAUCAGCUGCUCCGCCCUCGUCCCCUGUCUCUCGCCACCCGGCACGCUCACGCUGGACGACUUCACCAAUUUCACUCCCAUCGUGAAGGAGGAGCUGCGGCUCGCCAUCCAGACCAAGCGGCUGUCCAAUGGACUGAGUGCCGAUAUAAGCUCAGAUGGCGCCAGUUCCAGCUCAGAUAGGGCUCCAGAGAACACGGCGUGUGGGACAGGCAUGAAGAGAGAGGUGAGUAAGAGAAGAUGACAACAUGUAGUCAUCUGUUCACAUCACAGCAGGAAUAAUGUGGUUAUUUUAUUGGGAAAAAAAAACUCUAAAAUAAUCUUAAUCAUCUUCUGUUUUUACAGGUUAGUCCUCAGGAGUACGAGAGGAGGAAGAGGAGGAGGGAAAGGAACAAAGUCGCUGCUGCAAAGUGCCGAAACAAGAAGAAGGAGAAGACCGAGGGUCUACAGAAGGUACUUUUCCAUUUAAGUCAUUUUUAGAUUUAAAAACACACCAAAACCCCUGCAAUCAGAAACAGCAAUGAGGCUUUAAUUUUACAGCUUGACAUUUUAAAAAUACCAAAAUCUGUUAAUGAUGUGAAAACAGUAGCCUGAGCCUGAGAAAUAUUAUUUAUCAUGGAUUCGUUUAUCAUUGUGUACCUCUUGCUCCUCUGCAGGAGUCAGAGAAGCUGGAGAGCGUGAAUGCUGAGCUGAAGGCUCAGAUUGAGGAGCUGAAGCAGCAGAAGCAGCAGCUGGUCUACAUGCUGAACCUGCACAGACCCACCUGCAUCGUCAGAGCCCAGAAUGGCCAAACACCCGAGGACGAGAGGAACCUUUUCAUCCAGCACAUCAAAGAGAGCACCUUACAGCUGCAAAGCCUCACCUCUUCUUCGUCUUCUUCCACCUCCUCUUUAUCCACUUUAUCCACCUUAUCUACGCCUCUCUCCACCUUAUCUACGCCGCUCACCCUCGACCACCUUCACUGUCCCUCCCACUUAUAACAGACCUGCCACACCUCCACCUGUUAUUAGGUAGAGCUGCAACAUUGAUAGACCUGAGAAUGACGGAGGCAGAAUGAACGCCGCCUCCGGAUGACUUCUCGGUCUCGCCAACGUCCAAAAAGCUGCUAAGCUAACAAAAACAUGACUGAAGAGCCCUGAAACCCAAGCUGCUGACUGGACGAGGAUCGGUGUCCCGGAUGCUUCUUGCCACACAGCGUUUGUUUUUUCAGUCGAGGCCAAGAAGAGAAGCUGAAGCACUAAGAACAGGAACAGUCACAGUGUUCAAACAUCAGCGUCUGAUUAGGUAUCUGAUUUUGUACCAAAGUGUUUAUUCACGGUGAUUGAGGCGCAGAUAGCCAAAACUAGAGACCUAUUGUGUGAGUGUAAACGACGUAAACAAUAUAAGCGACGUAACCGAGUGUCUGAGUGACUUUAAAAUCACUGUUGUUGUUGUUGUUUGUGUGUAGAGUAGAUAAAGAGUAUAUUUAUUAACUGCUGUAUGUAUGACGUGGACUCUGUAUAGGCCCGUAAAACAUUACCUGCUCAACUUGCUGCUAUCACUAACCUCUCAGGAUCUGCUCCGCUGUAAAAACCAUAUUUUCACAGUAAAAGUCUAAGAUCCGCGCCACUGUCAGGUUGGUGUUUUCAGAGUAAAAAUCCGCUUGCUUUGAUAGGAUCGGACUCUAAAUGAUGUUUACUUACAGUCAGGAUCUGUUGGUCUGCACACAGAAAGCAGCAUGAUUAGAGAAAUACUGUUUAAUCCUGUAUACGAAUGAUACUUUAUUGACUUUAUCUAUACGGUCCAGAAAAACUGAAAGGAAAAAUGUGUUUGUUUUGUAUUUAUCACUGCGUCCCUCUUAAGUCAAACCUAGUGCUUCUUUUCCAUCUUCUGUGACGAUGGAGCUGCACCAGUUCGGGUAUUAUUUUUCAGACGGUUUGGUUAAUAAUCAAAAUCCUGUAAAAUGACUUGAUGACCAUGUAUUUUCUGUGUUUGCAAACAUCAAAUGCCUCAAUGGUCUCAGCAAAAACACACAAAGAUUGUAAUUUUUAAAGUGUAUUUUUUUUUUUUUUUUUUUUUAAUGUUUUGGUUUAAGAGUUAAAGGUUUGGCGAAUAUCAUUAGAUAGGUCUGACAUCUUCAUCAUCUGCUCCUUCACACCCUGAAUAACUCUGACUCUGCAGGAUGAUCUGACUCUGACUUCAGUCUCUUGUGUCUUUUAAUGUUGGCCCCUGCAGAGAAAUGGGAUUUGAGACUCAAAUGAAAACUGAAAGCCAUGAAGCUCUUAUUUAAGGUUUCAUUCUGAGUGUCCAUCGGUGAAGGUUUGAAAUUGUUUCCAGUAAAUCACAGCCUGAAACUGAAGAGUGUGCAGCGUGUCAGCAUCAUGUUUUCAUUCAUUUAGUGUCAGAGGUUAUCUGUAUAAAGAAGUAAUUUCAAAAUAAAGUUAACGUCAGAGGAGUUUAGCACUAGACUGUUUGAUGGUAAGGACUGAAGUGUUAUAUUUAAUGUUUGCUCGGUUAAAGGUGUUUUUAUUUGUGUGAAAUGUGAAGAAAAGCUCUGAGAGUCACAGGGUUAAAGGGACGCCGGCGUCUUUGUGUGUUUGUGUUUUUAGGAAUGAAAUGUUCACUGUCUCGUUGUUGGUCUUGGAUAAUAGUUUGCUGAUAAGCACUGGGGUGUGUUUGGUUUGUAUCGUGCCUUCUUUGACUGGAGGCAGUUUUUUAUCUUCUGUUGGAGCUUCAUAUCCUAAAAACCGACCAUCAGGUUAAACUGCACUGCUACUACCAACGUGUACUUCAUCUCUGUAAACUUUGUUUUUGAUACUUUAAUAAUUAAAACAUGUUUUGCAAAUGCUA